CUCGCCGCGCCGACGGCGAUGGGGUACACGUACACGCCGACGUACUACUCGGGCCUGCAGGACACCAUCGCGUCGCUCUGCAAGUCCAUACUCCCCUUCGGCUUCAGGGCGGGGCGCCGCCUCACCGCCGACCAGGCCGCGGCCCGGCGCCACGCCGACGCGCUCAAGUGGCAGCAGGACUCGUUCCACCGCAUCCUCCACCUCUCCGCGCUCCACCGCGAGGGCAUCGUCCAGGCCUCCGACGUCGACGCCUUCCGCACCGGCAUGCUGGACACCCUCGCCGCCCCCGCCGCGCACCCCGACCCGCCGGCCAUCCUCCGCGACAAGCUCCUCUUCCUCCAGGAGCUCUUGUACGCCAAGUGCAUCUCGCCGGCUGAGUACAACUCCACCAAGAGGCCACUCGUGCAGCGUCUCGCGGCGUUCGGGGUUGUGGUCGAAUGCCCUGACGCGGACGUCGGUGACGGCGGCUCGGCGGCACCAGCUCCGUCAACGUCUCUGGAGGAGUGGUCGGAGAUCGACCUCCGGGACCCGCCACCCGCCGCACCGGUCUCCGACAAGACAAAACACAAGUCCUUCGUCCCGCCAUGGAAAACCAGAGGCAAGAAGGAGCAUGACGCGAGCGGCGCGCCAAGGCCACCGCUAGCCCAAGUCGACCAGAACAACAGCAAGAACGCCGCAUCCGUCCUCAUGGCUGAGAGCUCGCCGUCGGAGGCGAUGCCCUCCGGGAAGGCCGAGAAGGGGAAGAGGAGGCACCUAACAGCAAUCUUCCAGAACGGCGGCGGCAACCAUGGCAGUGAGAACAAGGAGCCCGCGGCGUCCAUGGAAGGCACAGAGGAGAAGGAUGCGGUGAAGGGCAAGAAGAAGAGCUCAUGGGGGUUCGAUGGCCUCAAGAAGUGGAAGAAGGCAGGCAAUGAUGAGGCGAUGGCCGGCGGUGAGCGGCCGGAAUGCGCUGCCCCGCGGUCGUCGUACAGUGAGUGCCGGCUUGAGGCGAGCCCCGCCGUUGCCAAGGAUGCAAAGAGGGCCAAGAAGACGCUGCGCACGGCCACCGACGCCGAUGAUUCCGCUUCCAAUUUGGUGAAUAAUGAUAAGGUUUUGGUGGAGAACACAAAGAAAGAGCUGUCAAGGAUUCAGGCUGAGUUAUCAUCUACCAACCGAAACCUGAACUUUUCGGAUCAGCAAAUUGAGGCCAUCUCAACAAAGCUUCCAGUGGACAAAUCUGACCUCAAGACCUUCUUCCCCAAGGCAUGGUGUGAUGAACACGGAGACAACGUGAUCGACGCCGCGAAGAAAGAGUUCAAGGAGCACGUCGAAGAGAUGGAGAAGCAGAGGGACAUCGCCGGCGGUGACGGCUGGGUGGCUUUUGGAGACAACCAUGACGAGAACUUCAACCCGAGGGCCGCAGUGAAGGAGGGAAAGGUUCAUGACAGUCUUAGCGGCAGUCAACACUUCACAAACCCUUUCUAUGAUCAGAAGAAUCCUUUCUUGAAUCCGACCUACGAUUGAUAAUACAAGUGGAUGUAAUUGGUGUCUUUUGUGUUUGAUUUCUUUGAUGUUUGUAGUGUUUCAAGGUUCAAUUGUUAUAUUGGACCUGGGUUGUAUUAUGAAUUUUCUGUGAAUUAUGAAGGCUUUGAACCCUUGCGUUGCAGGUCCUUGAUCUUUAUGCGAGAAAAGUUGGUGUAUGAAAUGGUCUUUUGUAAAGUUUCUCCUCUGCUGGCUCAUGAGU